CACUGGGAUCACAUGGACUCUGACCGGCGUGCAGCACACUGAGGGGCGGCUUGGCAGCCGUCAUGUCCCACUCAGCGCUGCAGUUCCAGGCCGGGGACGAGGUGCCGUGUGCGGGCCCCGACGAGGAUGAUACGCUGGCAGACGAGGAUGACAUCUGUCAGCUGGAGAAGCACAUGUCAGAGCGCCGGAGGGCCAGGUCGCUUCCGGCAUGCCCGGCUGCCCUGCUGGCUGCUGUGGCUGGAAGUAACGGGCCCAAGAGGGUGACAUUUGCAGACUCCAUGGGCUUGAGUCUGGCCAGCGUCAAACACUUCAGCUCACUGGAGGAGCCUCAUGUCCCCAGCAAAGUGUUUUCUCGUCAUGCCAGCUUCCCUCCACAAGGAGACCGUCUGGGGGUACUGGACCAACACUUUGACCUCCCGGAGCCCCAUGACCCAGACGGUCGUGUCCAGCAUCUGCGCGUCUGCUUGGAGCAGCUCUCCGUCACUCAGUUCGACGUGCGGGGGCACAUACGUGUGCUGAGCGGCAGCGCACACAGAGAGGUUGGGGUUCGCUACACCUUCAACGACUGGCUCUCCCAUGUGGAUGCGCAGGCUCUGCUUGUGGACGUGCAGCUUCCGGGUGCUGUGGGCAUGCGCUACAGCUUCACCAUGUACACGCCGCCCUUCAUGGAGCCCGGCUCGGCGGUCCACUUCGCCGUGUACCUGCGGACUGAUGAGGGUGAGUUCUGGGACAACAACGACGGCCGGAACUUCAGCCUCUGGUACCGAGGUUUACACGAGCAUUUUGUCGGUGCCUCCUGAGCGAUAGUUUGCGCUUUGAUGUCAUUGCAUCAGAGGUGAUGCCAUCUUCAAAAACUCAGUUGAAAGGCCAAAAGGCCACUCAGAAGUGAUGACAAGCUGAAAUAAAAGUCAUCUGUGGACGUGAGACGUGGUUUUGUUUGGUUUUGUUCUGUUAGGACCAAGAUAGGACAACCAUGCCCCGGGCUGGAUUGCAAUUGUUAAACUUGUCAUCAUCCAAAGUCCUGCAAAAGAGGCCCAAAUUGACCAAAGUGACCCCCAUGUUUGGUCAGUCAACACUCGUGAUUGGUGUGUUCCAGAGCGCUGGGGAUUAGGAAAUAUCUCACUUGGACACAUUAUGGCGGUUCAAAGCAUGCAAUGUGAAAGUAAACAAAAACAAAUGGCUGACCUCAAUAAGCAUCUUGUUUAGUAUUAGAGGUGCUUUAAUGUUGAAGGGAUGAAAACUAGUCAGUCACAAAUUCCCCAAUUUUCUACUUCCCAGCUGUUUGGAAGCCAGCACUAAUGUGACAACAGAGUGUAAACAACUAUUUAAAAAAUGUAAGCCACCAUAAAUGCAGCAAACGGAACUCUCUGUUCCUGAUCAAUGUGGUCCCAACGACGACCCCUGCUAUCAGGCCACACAACGUGUGCGGCAUGUGCAGGGGUUGACAAACAUGACAUCCAUGUUUGUGUGCAAGUGGACCAGCACGCACGCCCCUGAGCUAACACACUGGUCUAUUAUUAGCGUGGCACGGUCAAUCACCUGCUUUACCUUCGCCCUACAAAACCUUUACCUGAACGCCCCUCCUCUCCUUCUGUGCUGCAAAGUAGGAAAAGUCAUCUGAGACUAAAGCAUUUUUUGGUUACGUGCCAAAAUACUCUGAUGUUUCCGAUUGUGACUGCUUUUAUUUUGUUUUGACUUUAUAUACAACAUUCACAAAGGAUAUUCGCUAAACACCCCCACGAUGCCCCUCCCACCUCAGAGAUAGCAUGUGGCGGUUGGUUGAUUGGCGGUGAUGUCACGUCCUCAUCUCUCUCCUGCAUGCUGCUACUCAACCACUGUCUUCUGGGUCUUGAACAUGUGCCCGAUGGCCACCUGCAAGACAGCGCCAUCACUUUUACUCAAGAGGACACACCAUCAUACAACACUGGCCCGAAUUGGCCAUGCUUGACUGGUCGGAUGUUUGCGUUUUUGGCCUUUUGUGUGAGUUUAUGACUUCCUGUUUAACCACUUUGUACGGUGUACGGUGGCUGUGUCAGUAUUACCCACUGCACAAACUUUUGAGUCUAAACCAAGGUUAAGAUGAUCCUACAUUCAGGUCCAAUAUGAAACAGCUUGGAAAAUAAAUGGACAACAACAUGCAUUACAGUGUAAAAUGAUGCAAAUAAAAAUUGACACAGAUGGA